GCUCCUCACCUGCAACGCAGAGCGUGUCCGGGCGAUGGUAGUGUGCGUCGAAGGUCUGGGUGUACCCCGUAGAUCUGGGAUGUUCAGGCAUGCGCUGAAUGCUGUUACAUUUGUCAGCGAAGAGAAAAUCGCCGCCAAAUUGGAGCACUUGAAGAAAACGUUCAGGUGGUCGGAUGCUGAGGUGCGCAUUGCUAUUUCUAAGGCUCCAAUGGUGCUGAAUAGGGCUAAGGAGUUUCUGCAGAGAAAGUCAGAGUUCCUGAUCUCUGAUUUGGGGUUGGAGCCGGCAUACAUUGCUCAUCGCCCGGUAAUGCUUUUGUACAGCCUGGAGGGCCGGUUAAGGCCCCGGUGCUACGUUGUGAAGUUUCUUAAGGCAAAUGGAUUGCUAGGUCCUGAUCGAGACUUGUAUUCCGCAGUCGCAUUGAGUGAGAAGUUAUUCAUAGAGAAGUACAUAUGCCCUCACAAGGAAGCUGCACCCUGCUUAGCUGAAGACUAUGCUGAUGCUUGCAAAGGGCUAGUGCCAACUAAUUUCAGAAUUACAUGAAGCAAGGACGUGCUGUCGAAAUUGGUAACUGUGUAUGACUAUGACAGAGUUUUUACCAUUCCUAGUAAACUGGUAAUUCACAUUAGUGUGUUUUUUUCCUAAAUAGAGAUUGAUUUUUUGCUGUAGUACGCAUUCCACAUGCUGGUUUGCUUGUUGCUAAUGCCUAAUGAAUUGAUAGUUUAAUUCAUGAACCCUGUGGUGUUGAUGUAAUGAUGUUCGUCGUUAAGUAGACGUGAAAGCAUCGCCUACAAUCUCUGGAAUCGAGAGUCCAUGAAUAUAUUUGUGUUUCCAACUUCCAUUUAGGAUAAUGAAAGUGAAUAUGUGAGUAGACCAAUUUUCUUGUGAAACCA